UCUUGCUCCUGUCAGAGGGGACAAAGCAGGGAGAUAAAAGCCAGCAUGUCCCCUAGUAAAACAGCACACAGUACACAUUGUAAUCACUCCCUAACACACAGUUAACCCUUUGAUCGCCCCAGAUGUUAACUCCUUCCUGCCUAGCGUCAUUAGUACAGUUACAGUGUCAGUGCUUUUUUUUAGCACUGAUCACUGUAUUGGUGUCACUGGGGAUGUCAGUAACACCAAUUCUGUGUCAGUGUCAGAAUGUCCGCCACAGUCCUGCUAAAAGUCGCUGAUCGCCAUUACUAGUAGAAAAAAA